CCAUUAAGGCGAGCGCCAAAAAGUCCAUCUAGACCAUUUGUAUAGCCAAGUUUAAGGUCUCAACUUUUGAAGGGAACUUUGAUUCCAGAAAAAGAUCGGCAAUAUGGCCGGGUGCAAAUGCAGAGGGCUUAGCGGGAAAACAAAAACGAUCGCAGCCUCAAGAAUGACGCAUUCUUCACAUUAGCGAAUGCUAAUGCGAAUCCGAGUGUCCAGGAUGCGAAUUACCGAAUGCGAAUGUGAAUUCGUAUGUUAGGCAAUAUUUAGUUGUUAUUAUCAUUCCUAAUUAGAAAAACAAACUGUUAGUACAUAAAACAUAUGUAUCCUUAGAACAUGUCAUAAUCAUAAUGCAUUACCUACUUGAAAACAGUUUGCGCGCACUGGCCAUACGCGAGUCGACGAGACAGGACACGACCUGUGCACAUUCGCAUUCGCAAAACAUUCGCUUCAUUUGCUGCGAAUGAGGAUGUCGCCGCGAAUGUUUAAUAUGAUGCGAAUAUUCGUUAUACCUACGAAUGCAAAUGCGAUUAUUCGUGACAUCCGUAGUAUACACAACAGGUACAGUAAGCAGGCGCCUUUAAUCCUCCAAAUACCGCGGCAUAUCAAGCCGAUACGGUAGGUAAUCUGUAAUAGAUUUACUUAUCCGUGUAAAGGGCGUUUGCUGAUCGAAUGUAAUAAUAACACAAAAUACCUACACGCUCGGCUUCAGCCCCUGUUGAUAGUACUUGCAUUUCAUAGUCAUUCAUUGAUACCACAACACAGCAGUUUGUUCUAGAGUAUUAAAUUUAUUCGAUUUUAACUAAGUAGGUAAAUAAUAUAUAUACGAGUAGAGAGUUAGACUCAAUAUCCAUAUAAAAUUAAAUACCAAUGCCGCGUGAAUAUGUUUUAACUGAUUCAACUCUUGAAGUCAAUGUGAUGGGUCGCGACAAAAUUCUUAAAGUACCUUUCGAGGAAGCACUUGAUAGCACUGGUGUUGGCGCGUACAACUACCGGUGCGUGGCGCUGAGCAGCGCGGCGGCGCUGGCGUACGCGUGCGUGUGCUACGGCGGCGCCAUCCUCGUGCCGGCCGGCGCCUGCGAGCUGCGCGCCGCGCCCAAGCACCAGGCCGCCAUGCUCGCCGCGCCCUUCGUCGCGGGCGUGGUGGGGACGGUGGUGUGGGGCUGGCUGGGUGACCAGCGCGGGCGGCGCCGCGCUCUGCUGGGCACACUAGGCGGCGCGGCGCUGACAAACGCGGUCGCCAGCAUCUCGCCCACCUGGCAGCUGCUGCUGCUGCUGCAGUGUGCUAGCACUUUUCUCGCUUCGGGAGUGUAUCCGCUGGUGAUGACGCUGCUGAGCGAGAGCGCGCCGCGCGCGAGCCGCGACCGCGCUCUCCUCACCGUCGCCACCGCCAUGCUGUGCUCGCAGGGCGUCAUGGCAGGUUUAGCGAUCCCCAUCAUACCCCUGACUUUCUCCUACUACGUCCCGGCCCUGGGCAUCUACUGGAACUCGUGGCGAACGCUCAUGUUGGCGUACUCGCUGCCCGCCAUUGUCGCCGGGCUGGGAAUAUGGCUUUUCGUCCAAGAGAGUCCCAAGUUCGUACUCACCAAAGGUGACGAGGACAGUGCGAUGAAAAUUCUGGGAUUCAUUCAUAGAGUAAAUAAAGCGGACGAGAAAUUUCAGGUGCAGGGACUCUUCCUAGAUCCCCAGGAGAAGACGACAGCGAGGGCGGGAGCGGGUGAGGCGGCGGGGCGCGAGCGGCUGAAGGCGCUGUUCCGCGCGCCGCUGCGCAAGUACACCGCCAUCUGUACGCUGCUCUUCAUCGGCAUGCAGUUUAUAGGAGCUUUUCUUAUUUGGCUGCCAAAAAUAUCGAACCAGUUGACGAAGCUGCUCCACUCUGGCGAGGACUCCGACAGGACGCUCUGUGCCAUCAUCGAGAGCAGCCUGCACGCCGAGACCCGAGCGCUCACCGAGCCCGCCGCGAGUGGUGCUGGUGUCUCAUGCUCCAUUAACGUGCCGGCACUGCUGAUAUUGCUGGCGGCGUGCAGUCUACAGUUAAUAGCUAACGGUGUGCUCAGUCUGGCGGUGGGGCGCUUCGGGCGGCGCAACUCGGUGACGGGGCUGGUGCUGGUGUGCGGCGCGAGCGGCGCGCUGGCGGCGGCGGGCCCGCCCGCCACCCUCGGCGUCGCGCUCUACGCCGGCCUCGUCGUCGGCAUCAUCGUCGUCGGGCCCUACACCGCCAUCGCCGUCUCGCUCUUCCCCACGCACUUGAGGAGCCUAGCGGUGGGGCUGACGAUAACGGGCGGACGGCUGUGCGGCUUCUUCACCAUCCAGCUCGCUAACUACCUGCUCGGGCGCCACUGCCGGCUCGGCCUGCUGCUGUUCUCCGCCGUCUUCGCAAGUUCUGCACUGCUGCUGCGUCUGCUGCCGAGCGAUCGGCGCCCGCGAGCGUCGCUCGAGCGAGCGGGUCCUGGUGGCGUCGCCUUGAUACCGUUCAACCAACCGACAACAGACUAAUGUUCUACAUCAAGAUUUCAAGCGGUUUCUGUAAUUCUUUGUCAGUACUGUAAGCCUUAAUCACACAUCGUCAUUUGAAAAUUAAACGAAUGUUUAUGAUAAUACAAAUAUAAUUUUAAAGCAAUUGUUACUCUCUGUCUAAUAAACACGUAAACGGAUGUAAUGGGUACUUAAUUAUUGGGUCCAUGAAAGUUUUUCCUAAUAAUGUAACCAGUAACAGUACGAAGAACGAAACAGAAGAUUUGUAAAGAAAUGCGAUUUAAGGUGGUUCGACUAGGUUACCCAAAGCUUAAACCUCACUAGAUGGCGCCACAAUUGCAAAUUUUGAGUUUUAAUUUUUUUGUGGAGUAGUCUUGGUAUUUCUAUACUGUAAAUUAUAUUUAGCGCACUCUUUAAAUAAAUAUUGAACUAUUACAACAAA